AUGGACCCAAUAUCAGUUGCCGGGUUGGCCCUUGGCGUGGCGUCUAUUGGCCUCCAGGUGUACACGGGCUGCAUCCAAGGCAUCCAACUACUCAUCACGGCGUCCAACUUCCCAGAAGACUGCCGCUACCUGAAUCUUCGGUUGCGGAUGGAACAGCAAAGACUAUUUGCUUGGAGCGAAACAUCGGGGCUUCUUGAUCUGGAUUCGAAGAACAGAGAAAGAAUCCUCGAAUCCAACACCUUUGUCUUGCACCGACAAACGGUACUCGACCUCUUAAUGCAGGUGGAGUGUUUAUUCAAGGAAUUCAAACAGCACCAACUGCGGCACCAACGCCUUCAACCUACCCCUGAUCAAGAUGGCGUUUUGGAGAAACCAGAGAAGGACGCUGCCGAGGCGAACUUUCCUCUGCCGCAGCAGCGGAGAAACUUUAUCAAGAAGGCAAUGCAGAGUCUCAAGUCGACGUCGAAAGACGCUGCUGAGAGGCUCAAAUGGGUUUCCUUCGACAAAGCCGCUUUUGAGCUUCUUCUAUCGAGAUUUUCAACACUCAACGACAGUAUGACGAACAUUCUGGAUGCUCGAAUGCAGGUUGAGAUUCACCAUACCGUCCAAGACACCAAUCGCGGCGUACUUCAGCUACACCACAAGAUCGCGGACCUCUCGCGGCUUGUCAUGGCGCUUAAUCUUAAACUAGAGUCCAAAUCAACGGUUCCAGAGUCCCGGUUGUCAGUAGCCCAGAAGCGGGCCAAUGCCGAUGGCCUGGAACUGCUUUCUCAAUUGGCCAAAUUCAAGGCAUUCAACGAGUCAAUCGAGUCCUCCAAAAAGACACCAUGGGACGAGGCUGCGGGCAUGUACCUCGAACUAGGGAAGCCAAGUCAACCAAAAAAUCUUGAGCUUGACCGGUCCAUGGUCAGCAUCGAGCCCGCAGCCGAGAAAUCUGACCAUACAAGGUGCGACGCUACGCUCAACCUGGCGGACGGGACGAAGAAGAAGGUGUGGGUUGAGUGGAAGGACUACGACCGGCAGCGACCGGGAGAUCAAUCGCCUCCCAAAAGGGUUAUUUACGAGCGGGUUCGGAAGUUGGCUGCACUGUUGAACCAUUCCCCCAAACCCGAGGCCUUCAGGACCCCGCACUGCCUAGGGUUCUUCGACAAAGCGAGCUCCAACGGGGUGGAGGAUGAGGAGGAAGACAUCCUAAACAUGCGGCUGGGGCUCGUUUUCGAGCGGCCACUCGACGCAAACUUGCACGCUUCUCUACCACCCGUCUCGCUCCGCGAACUGCUCGAAACAUCCCGCAAACCCCGUGUGACAGACCGAGUCAAGCUCGCACAUGCCAUCAGCAACUGUGUGCUCUAUCUCCACGCGGUAAACUGGCUGCACAAGGGGCUACGUAGCCACAACAUCAUAUUUUUCCGGUCCAACGACGGCCGGGUCGACUACGCGAAACCGUACCUCUCAGGCUUCGACUUCUCCCGGCCCGCCCGCGCGGACGAGAUGACGGAUGUCCCCGGUGACGACGCCGAGUACAAUCUCUACCGACACCCCCUGGCACAGUCGACCAGAUUUGAAGACCGGGAGCGCUCGAAAAAGAGCUUCGACAUCUACAGCCUCGGCGUGCUUCUCGUCGAGAUUGCGCACUGGGCCACAGUCGAAAAGGUGCUCGGCAUCGACUUGAACGCGGCACGGGGCCGGUCGUCGAUCGCGCUCAAGGUUCGAGAGACGCUCCUGGAGGAGGAACAAAUCGCAGAACUCGGUGCUUCCAUGGGCGCUGUUUAUGAGACGGCUUCGUGGAAGUGCAUUGCGGGGGGAAAGGAAUUGGGGUUGUCUGAGGGCGAUGACGAGACGGACGAUGCCGUGGCUGCGAGACUGUCGAUGGUUCUUCACGAGGAUGUCGUUAAGAAGUUGGGGGAGAUCCGGAUCUGA